AUGGUUAUUAUAGGACGCGGCACCCCUGAGUUCGAAGGCAAAGACAUCAGGUAUGUUCCUUCACCAUCGAACGAAAGACAAGGGAAACGCGUCAAUCUCGCUGCGCAGGCCGCUUCCACGUCAAACGAGUACCAAAACGAUUCCAUUAAUAAUAACACCGUACAAGGCCAUCAAGGACAAAGGCCAGCCGUCCGAAGACGGAUACGGCGAAGAGCAAACUCCGCAUCCAACGACCCAGCUGAACAACUUACAGAAAUGUCUGUGAGAGGGCUAAACUUGUUCCGAUACGCAUCAGUCAAUGAAGGAGUAUACCAAUGCACUGAAUGUGCUAAGGAGAAUAUACAGAAAACAUUCAAAAACAAGUAUUCAUUCCAGAGACACGCCUUCCUCUACCACGAGGGCCAGCAGAGAAAGGUUUUUCCUUGCCCCGUUUGUUGUAAAGAAUUCUCUAGGCCUGACAAAAUGAAGAAUCACAUGAAAAUGACACAUGAAUGUUACGUCCCAAAAGAUUGCGUGUAUCCACCUAAUACCUACUUUAUAUUACCGGGUCUCGAAGGCCAGCUACCGCCUGGAAUUAAGCUGGAGACGGUUGGUUCUGGUUCUCCACAUGGCUCAAUACCGCAUUCUUCUCCUGACCCUGCUCAGGCGUAG